AUGGGGCUCGAGUUCGACCCGGAUCUGGUUCCUCGCGUCAAGCUAGGCUUGCACUGUGCUCAGAUUCUCCUAGCACUUGUCGGAUGGUGCAUGGGGAUCGCUGUUUUUACAGGAAAGGAUGCCAAGGUUGUGGGCAACAAUGGAUGGACAUUUGGAGUGUUCUUUCUGUCAAUCCCCGCGUGGCUCUAUCUUAUCAUGACGCCCCGAUUCGCACGCACUCGAAAGUUCGCCGAGCCUCACGCCAUGCUAGCGGUUGACGUCGUCUUCACAAUCAUUUGGCUGUCGGCUUUUGCUACACAGGCGGCAUACAACUCGUCGGGCCUCUGCGGGCAAGUGUGCAAUGUGAGCAAGGGUGUUGUUGCUCUGGGGGUAUUCGUCUGCCUCCUGUUUGGUGCUACCACCUUCGUCAGCGGCUACACGCUCACGUACUGGAAAUUCCACGGCAGCCUUCCUGGAUAUGAUAACCGAAAGCUCCGUGGCGGCGAUAGCAACAUUGACCCAGACAAGGCUGCUUUUUCAAUGGCGCCUCACGAUGAGGAAGCCUACGAGCGAGUCAACAUGGAUGACCAUGAGAAUAAUGGCUACUCCGAACCUGGACGCUACGGCCACGCAAAUCCCUACAGCCAAGACAUUGAAGAUCCUGAUCAAUACGGUGCCCUCCCUCCUCGUAGACAUGAGCUGUUCAACCAGGACACAGAGUAUAGUUCUGGUGGUGCUAGCAUGCCUCCUGCAGAUCACACCUACGGCGGCUCGCAGGUUAGCUACAACGAUGAGCCUGUAAAAUUUCCUGCCGGUAAUUACGACCGUGUGGACCGAUAG